AUCCGGCUGAUACGGGACAUUUAAAGUUUGCAAGAAAGUAGGGGAUGAUACCACAUUGGAUUCACUCCACCCCCGUCGGUCCAAGCUCACAGCAAAUGUGCUAUAGCCACAAAAUAUUCCCCCCAAAACCGCAGAGUUGCUCAGGUGUGCGUGAAUUUUAGCGCCGCUCGUGAAUAAUCGCGCCUUGUUGUGAGCCUCCCCCCCCCGCGCCCUGCCGCACUGGUUCCGUCUGGCUCGCAGUCAGCUGCUGCGUGUCCCGGGAUGACCUGUUGAUGUCCGUUACAAUGGAGACUGGCAGGGGGAGCGAUUUCCCCCAUCACCAAAAUAUUUAAAUAAGCCACAUCUCGGUGCUUUUUUUCUUUUUCUAUCUCGGAUUAAAAAAAAAAAAAUCGACGGCCGCAGCCCGAGCUACCUCGCCCGCGUAGACUUGCCUUUGGUGGUGUGCGUUGGCGCACCAUGGCCCAAACCCUCCAGAUGGCGAUCCCAAACUUUGGCAACAACGUUUUAGAAUGUCUUAAUGAACAGCGGCUGCAGGGGCUCUACUGUGACAUCUCAGUGGUGGUAAAGGGGCAUGCCUUUAAGGCCCAUCGUGCUGUGUUGGCUGCGAGCAGUUCUUACUUCCGGGACCUUUUCAGCAACAGCGGAGGCUGCAAUGGCAACGAGGCCAGCCCAGCAGUGGUGGAGCUCCCGCCGGCGGUGCAGCCUCAAAGCUUCCAGCAGAUUUUGUCUUUCUGCUACACGGGUCGUCUGAGCAUGACUGUGGGGGACCAGUUCCUCCUCAUGUAUACUGCUGGAUUCCUGCAGAUCCAACAGAUCAUGGAAAAAGGCACUGAAUUUUUCCUAAAGGUUUCUUCCCCCAGUUGUGACUCACAAGGUCUUAAUGCAGAGGAGGCUCCACCAUCUGAGCCUCAGAGCCCUGUAACCCAAACCGGAACCAACGGGGCCCGGCCCGCCGCCUGCUUGACGCCCCUCCCCUUGGUGUCCCGUGUAAAAACGGAACAACCAGCCAGCCAACCGGAAGCUGCCGCUCAUUCGGUGGUCUGCACUCCUGUCGCCAAGCGGCUGUGGGAGGGCGGCAGCAGCCGCGACGGAGGCGGAGGAGGCUCCGGUGCAGGAGGAGGAGCCAGAAAGGCAGCGCGUUACUCACAGGAGGCAGUACGGGGCAGUACCAUCCAGAGCCCCGGAGCGCUCGGAUUGGCCAUGGGUAUGGGUGCUACGGCAACGAGCCUGGCCGGCAUGGUGGCAAGCGGCGGGCUUAGUGGCGCCGCUGGCACCAACGGCAGCUCUACGUCUGGCGUCGGCAUGUCGGAGGGUGCCAGCCCCGGCACCUACGCCAGUGACUCGCCCAUCAGCUACCACGAUGACGAGGAGGAAGAAGAGGGUGCAGAGGAGUGCGCCGAAGAGCAGUACAGGCAAAUCUGCAACAUGUACACCAUGUACAGCAUGCUCAACAUGGGAGCUGCAGGUAACGCUGCUGGUGAGCGCGUAGAGGCUCUACCUGACCACACGGAGACACGGGGGCGAAUGCGGGGCAGAGACCUCACGUGCCUUCCUGCAGAACUUAUUGCCCAGAUAGGCAACCGCUGUCAUCCAAAACUCUAUGAGGAAGGAGAUCCUGCUGAGAAACUAGAGCUGGUCUCAGGUACGUCUGUGUUCAUUUCACGAGCCCAGCUGAUGAACUGUCACGUAAGUGCAGGGACCAGACACAAGGUGCUGCUGAGGAGGCUGCUGGCUGCCUUCUUUGACAGGAAUACACUGGCUAACAGCUGUGGGACAGGCAUCCGCUCAUCCACCAAUGACCCCAGCCGCAAGCCACUGGACAACAGAGUGUUGCAUGCUGUUAAAUUUUAUUGCCAGAACUUUGCCACCAGUUUCAAAGAGAGCGAGAUGAACGCCAUCGCCGCCGACAUGUGCACCAACGCCCGGCGUGUGGUCCGCAAGAGCUGGAUCCCCAAGCUCAAGCUACUGAUCGCUGAGAGCGACGCAUACUCUGCCUUCCUCUCCGACGGUGUGAAAGCGGAGGACGACGCCCUGGGCGCCGACCCCACGUUCGACCCUGCCUCUCUAGAAGCCCCAGGUGGCGGCGGUGGCGUGGAGUCGGGUGGCUCCUCAGGUGAAUCUCUAGCGGGUGUGAGCGGGGACGUCGGAGCGUUAUUUUGAGCGCCAUGCGCACAGCAGUAUUUCCCAGUUGUGCUUGCUCUCUUCUUGACUGUCCAUACUACACUGCUGCGGCCGCAACAUGGACAUCUGCUUUUCUUUUCUCACCGCGUAACGGAGCUUGUAGAGCGUGGCAGGACACCUGGCUGUCCUCCCGCACUCUUUGUCCUUUUGAAGGUGUGUAAGCACAUUUUUGUUGCGUAUGAAACACAUUCCCGGUAGUCGUGACGGCGGCUUAGAAGGCGGUGACUAAGUGGUGAAUGUAUUGAAUGUAAGUGUUGGUGGCAUUUUUUAUGAGUUUUCUUCGACUUACGUUCCACAGACUGGGGAGGAAAAAAAAAGGAACAGCCAGUAAAAUGAAAAGUGAACACUAUCCUUGCAUCUUCCACUUAUCACUUAUGUUUUCUUCACCCCGCCUCAAGUUUGUCCUAUAUGAAUAUAUCCCCCUUUUUUUUGUUGUUGAUAUAUUUAGCAAGCUGAAAAGGUGACCAGAGAGGCACAAAAGAAAAGGGGCUGUUUAUCCAAGAGAAGUUUUCUGGGCAACAAGUAUCGUAACGGUGAUAUUUUUAGAAGAGAAUAUAGCUCAAAUGUACGAGUGGUGCUGUGAGCACGGCCAGCGGGGGAUGGGGGUUUUACCUUGUUGAAGUCUGGACCACAGAGGAGCGAUCUCCUUUUUCCCCAGUGAAAAAGUCGUCUCAUCGCAGGGUCCCGGAUAAUGAAUAAUAAUCUUUUUGCUUUAUGGCGGAGAACGAUGGAACGAGCAGUGGAACUGCUACUUUUGAAGCGUUUCAUCGGCGUGACUGUUGACUAUCAUGACAAUGACGUGCACGGAAGUUUAGAGCCCAAAAAGUCUCUACUUUGGUGGAAAACCAUAAGUAAUAUUUAUGGAGUAUUGGAAUGUGCCUUUUCAAUUGAAAUCAAUAAGCAGAAGCGUGGCAGGUAAGUCAGAAGCAAUAUUGCUCAUUUUUACUGGUAAGUGUGUGUUUUAUUUUGGAGUCCCUUUCAUGUGAGGCAGGGUGGAGCUUUACGAAGCACCUUAGGGAGAAGAAGCAGUGGUUUGUGCACCUUAUUGAAGUGUAGCAAUUUAGCUUAGUCCUUGUCCCCCCUCCACUCUUCCACUUCCUGUCACUGGACCGAUGGGUUUGUUACGGACUUUUUGUGCAUGGUGUGGAUCGGAGCUCAUUUCUCCCGGCACGCAUGAAGAGAAAGCUGGUCUAUUUUUCUUAAGAAUGGUGCAGCGUCACCGCGCUGCUGCUUUUUCAUUCCUCGCCAGGCUAAACAACCUCACUUUCAGCGACGCACAGCGCACGCUAUUCGUUUAAACCGCGAGAAUGUGCGUGUGCGCCGAAAUAAAAGAGAAUCAAAAAGAGAUGCAGUACUUUGGGAUGACGCAGUAAAUAACUACAAAACCUCAUAUGAGCACUCCACUUACCUCUCCAGUAUCUUUGAAGACUGUUGUGCUUCCUGCUUGUUCACCUCCACUCUAUUCUCCUGUGCUGCUUCCACUCAUCCCACUGGCUUCUUUGUUCUGCCGUCCUUCCAUCACUUCCUGUUGAAAAACAUUUUGACGAUUUCAUUAACCUCAGAGAAUGUGCAUUAAAGAAAAUAGUCUAUUCAUCCAUUGUUAAGAAUGAUGUCAUUGUGUGGGAUUGAUUAGGAAAAUAUUCCGUAUUUUACGGACUAUCGACCGAAGCCGCAGAUUUAUAUGUUGAUAAAUAAUGAAGAUAGUUACAUACCUUUAAAGCGGCAGUAAAACGGCUGAUCAAACAAAACAAGAAGUCAUUGUCAUGGAUCCAGUAGCUGCGGAAGCUGGCUCUCCAAUCAGCAAAACAGACUCACUAGCUCCAAGAUGACAUUUUGUUGAAUUCACUGAGGAAUUUGUGAAACUGAAACAAUACAAAAAAAAGUUGUAAGUUACCGUAAACACUGGUUCUUUUUUUUUCUCUACAAUUUGUGAAUCCUUAUAAGACGGUGUGGCUAAUUUAGGGAUUUUCCUUUGCUGAUGGCAAUUAUAAAAAAUAAAAAAAAAUAAAAAAUGUGUUUUAUUGUUUGUGUUAUGGCGCUAUCUUUUGGAUGAGUUUGUUCACUGCAGGUGCCGCGGAGUCCUUCCAUAUAGUGCUUUUAUCAGUCUUUCAGCUGUCCAUAGUGUUUCUACUCCUAUGGAUUCUACAUUCAUAACGACAAGCAACGUUUUUAAGCUUAACAGUACAACUAAAACGGUUUAUGCUCACUAAACCGUCUCAUGUCUGUAGGAGAGUUUUCAUGCAUAUUUGUACGUGCUAUUGUAAUGUAAUGACACUCGCUUCGUUAGCAUUAGCUAAUAUGCUAAAACGUUUACGAGUGCCUGUUAGUUUUAUUAACUUACAACAACAUUCCUUUUGUAUUGUUUCAGUUUCACAAAUUCCGCAGUAAACUCACCAAGAUGCCACCGUGGAGUUAUUGAGUCUGUUCAUCUGAGUGGAGAGCUAGCUUCAGCAGCUAGUGGGUCCAUGAUGAUGACUUUUGUUUUGUUUGAUCAACCAUUUUACUGCCGUGUUACAGACACAGUUUUUCGAAACAAUUAAGGUAUAUAAAUCAACAUUUACAGAUUAUUUCUGUGCAAAUAACUAAUUUCACAACAGAUAUACAAACCCCGUUUCCAUAUGAGUUGGGAAAUUGUGUUAGAUGUAAAUAUAAACGGAAUACAAUGAUUUGCAAAUCCUUUUCAACCCAUAUUCAAUUGAAUGCACUACAAAGACAAGAUAUUUGAUGUUCAAACUGAAACUUUUUUUUUUUUGCAAAUAAUAAUUAACUUAGAAUUUCAUGGCUGCAACACAUGCCAUAGGAGUUUGGAAAGGGCAUGUUCACCACUGUGUUACAUCACCUUUUCUUUUAACAACACUCAAUAAAUGUUUGGGACCUGAGAAAAGUAAUUGUUGAAGCUUUGAGAGUGGAAUUCUUUCCCAUUCUUGUUUUACGUAGAGCUUCAGCCGUUCAACAGUCCGGGGUUUCUGCUGUCGUAAUUUACGCUUCAUAAUGCGCCACGCAUUUUCGAUGGGAGACAGGUCUGGACUGCAGGCGGGCCAGGAAAGUAACCUCACUCUUUUUUACGAAGCCACGCUGUUGUAACACGUGGCUUGGCAUUGUUUUGCUGAAAUAAGCAUGGGCGUCCAUGAUAACGUUGUUUGGAUGACAACAUAUGUUGCUCCAAAACCUGUAUGGACCAUUCAGCAUUAAUUGUGUCUUCACAGAUGUGUAAGUUACCCAUGCCUUGGGCACUAAUACACCCCCAUACCAUCACAGAUGCUGGCUUCUCAUCUUUGCGCUUAUAACAAUCCGGAUGGUUAUUUUCCUCAUUGUUCUGGAGGACACCACGUCCACAGUUUCCAAAUAUAAUUGGAAAUGUGGACUCGUCAGACCACAGAACACUUUUCCACUUUGCAUCAGUCCAUCUUAGAUGAGCUCGGGUCCAGCGAAGCCGGCAGCGUUCCUUUGUAUUGUUGAUAAAUUACUUUAGCUUUGCAUAGUAGAGUUUUAACUUGCGCUUACAGAUGUAGCGACCAACUGUAGUUACUGACAGUGGUUUUAUGAAGUGUUCCUGAGCCCAUGUGGUGAUAUCCUUUACACACUGAUGUCGGUUUUUGGUGCAGUACCGCCUGAAGUAUCAAAGUUCCGUAAUAUCAUCGCUUACGUGCAGUGAUUUCUACACAUUGUCUGAACCUUUUGAUGAUUUCACGGACCGUAGAUGGUAAAAUCCCUAAAUUCCUUGCAAUAGCUCGUUGAGAAAUGUUGUUCUAAAACUGUUCAACAAUUUGCUUACAAAUUGGUGACCCUCGCCCUAUCCUUGUUUGUGAAUGACUUAGCAUUUCAUGGAAGCCGUUUUUAUACCCAAUCAUGGCACCCAUCUGUUCCCUAUUAGCCUGCACACCUGUGGGAUGCUCCAAAUAAGUGUUUGAUGAGCAUUCCUCAACUUUAUCAGUAUUUAUUUCCACCUUUCCCAACUUCCCUGUCACGUGUUGCUGGCAUCCAAUUUUAAAGUUAAUGAUUAUUUCCCCCCAUAAAUAUGUUUAUCAGUUUUAACAUCAAAUAUGUUGUCUUUGUAGCAUAUUCAACUGAAUAUGGGUUAAAAAUGGUUUGCAAAUCAUCGUAUUCUGUUUAUUUUUACAUCUAACACAAUUUCCCAACUCAUAUGGAAACGGGGUUUGUAUCUGCGGGUUAUAGUCCGGUGCGGCUAAUAUGUGGAAACUUAUUUUUUUCCCCUACAAUUUAGAGGGUGCGGCUAAUAUACCGGUACCAACAUUGUCCGGAAAAUAUUGUAAUAAUACUAACACAGACAUGUCAGAAUGCUAGCAUAUUAGCAAAUGCUAACGACGUGGGCGUCAUUACAUUACAAUCACGUGUACAAAUAGGCAUGAAAACACUCCCACAGACAUCACACAUGGGACGGUUUAGUAAGUAUAAACAGUUUUAGUUAUAUUUUAAAACUUAAAAACGUUGCUUGGACUUAAGAAUGAAAAAUCCAAAUGAGUAGAACGCUAUUGACGGCUAGAAGACUGAACGGCACUCUACUUCCGGUUGAAAGCGGUUAAGGGAAGGUCACUGCAGCAAAUUUGUCCAAAAGAUGGCGCCAUAGCACAAACAAUAAAACUCAUUCUCAAUUAAUUUGCUUGUUUUUUGGGGGGGAAACUUUUUGUAUUACGGCCAUCAACGAAGAAAAUCUAUUAGAUUAGCCACACCGUUUUAUAAGCCCCAGGGCACAAAGUGUAGGAAAAAGUAGCGGCUUAUAGUCCAAAAUUUAUGGUAGCUUUGAUUUAUAUUCUGUUGGUUCAAUUAUGAAUGUAACUAAUAAAAAUGGAUCAAAUCAAUACCCCAUGGAGUAGCCGGAACGUUAAAUACAUAGAUGUAGUUACCACACGCCCACUGCAAUAGCACACGUUAGAUAACGCGCUGGUAUGUGGGUGCUGUGAUCUGUGUGGCAGCAUAUUGAUACCUUUUUUUUUAGUGUGUUAAAAGUUAAAUUUAAAUGUUGAUGAUGUGCAUUUAUUAAGGUGGGAAAAAAAAGUAAGCAAGCAAAAAAAAAGUUUGUAAUCAUCCCUUGUUUUGGCGCUGUUCAUUGGUUUUGGACGUCCUACUUUGUAGAAAUUAAUUGAUCAUAAAUCCAAUAUUUAUACAGCGAGAACAUAAAAAAACCUUGUAAAUAUACAUUCUUACAAGAUGACAGCCCCUAAGACGUUAAAUAACACCUUUUGCUCACCUUUCACAUUUUUGAUUUAAUAUUGUAAAGCUGCCUGAGGCUGAGGCAAUCACUGGCCACAAUACUGAACAGCCAAACUGAUUGAAACUGUAGUUUCCUCACUUAUGAACGUAGGAUAGAUAUUUUAGGAAUACCACUUGUGGUAAAGCUUCAUAUGAAGCGACCUAUCUAUUUUGCUUACAUUUUUAAAUAAACUUCAGUCCUAAACAAAAAUAUUAAACAGGUAAUGAUUUUAAUGAGCCUUUGAUUGCCUUUUGAUCAGAUACUGUAAAAAUCAAUGCAGAUUUAUUCUAAUUGAAAACGGUGACAAGGGGCAUUCAAAAACUAAAAUGGAAAAAAAAUGAUAUUUUAAUUUAGGAUGUAGUGAGACCAUUCACACAAAAGAGCCAGUAGCUGCAGUGUCCGCACUGCCAUCUUUUUUUUUUUUUUUUUUUUUUUUUUUAAAGGGCUGAAGUUGAUUUAAAAAUUUGAGCAAAAAUACGUAAAUAAAAAAAGAUUACUAUAAUUUUGAAAAAUUAAGGACAUACAUGUCCAGUUUGGCAUUGGGGUAUUGAUUAAUAACUACCAGUGCAUCGUACACCUGAGUUUGACACUUUGACAGUUUUAGGUUUAACAUAAAAAAAAACAUAUUGGUAAAAAACCAUGUACACAACUAAAAUGAUGGCCAAAAUACAGCAAAAACUUACUAAAGGGACAAAAGAGUCAGCCUUUAUCCACUAAGUUUAAGACAAUUACACAAUUAAAGGUGGUUAUUGGACAAAACUACUUUGACUGACUAUAAGUAAAUUGUCAAAUUUAUGGUUAAAUUACUAUUAUUUUCUUUAAUAAAAUGUUUGAAUUAGCAAUAUUUUUUUCCAGUAUAUAUAUAUUUUUUACAAUUGUUUGAACAGCCAAACAUUAAGCGCAUUGUUUCAAAACAAAAACAAGCUCCCAAGAUGCAAUUCAUCAACAAUCAAUCCCACACAUUUGGCGUCAUCGUUAAUAAUUGAUUAUUACAUUGAGGUUUUUUACACUGACUGAUCCUUUCUUUGAAAUACGUUCCAAUCAACACAUUUCUGGCUGUGUUAAGUCAUACUCACGACGUCCUUUAAGAGACGCAAUGACUGAUCUAUAUUUACUUCUGAGUGAUGAUUCAUGGACUCACACUGCAAUACUAGCUGUGAAUCAGCACCAUUGUCAGAAGGACGGACGUGUUUGCUUGCUUUUACGUCAGCAGCCGAGUCACAAUAUUCCACUGUGGGCUCUCUCUCUCGCUCUUUUUCCCCUCCCGCCGAGCAGCAACACUGGUUUAGGGCUUUAGGGUCACUUUUCAAUUGACAGCCUUCAUUACACUUGAUGUGAAAAGAGCAGAAGUGUUAUUUUGUGUGUGUGUGUGCAAUGCAUUUCAUCCCAUGUGUUUACACUUCCCACAACACGUAGACCUAUACACACUUGAACGGAUACGGUGUGGCAUGGCAUGGGCAUCAUUGUGUCACACUAUGGUACAUAUAUAAAUAUGAAAUAUACAUGUAUAGAGAAAUACUGUACAUUAUACAUAGACACACGUAGAGGUAAGAUUGUUUGUUGUACACUCACAGCAUGAGGUGUAUACGGUAUUUACGGCGCUUAUUUCUUCUUCUUCACAAUCCGUGCAGUACUGGCUUGGCCUGUGUACCCCCUUGUAGCGCCAGUCCACCUCUUCUUUCUGUGUUCCAAGUGCCAAUAACUUUUGUGAAAGCCCUGUAACUGUGACCCGACAUUAUCAAAAGGUAUAAUUGCACAUUAACAACUGUAAAAUACAACAUAAUAAUAAUAAUAAUAAUAAUAAAAGAACGUGUCCAAAUGGAUUCAAUGAUGAAUAUCUUAAUAAAAGAUUUGUAACAA